AGUUGGUCACAGAACUCGUGCGAACGUGGACAGAAUUUUCGUGGCGCGCGCAUUUUCGCGAUAUUCUUUGUGCAUUUCGUCGGUAUAAAUACAGCAAUUGUUGGGUGAAUCGAGAGUAGUUUUGCCGAGAAUUCCCUUUGGGGCAGAUUUGGAGCUCAAGUUAUUUCGCCAAAAGUGCAAUUUUAUUUAGCUUUGCAAUUUAAAAAGCCCAUUAGUCCACAUCACCUCAUUUUUUUUUUCGUCGAGUGUACACUGUGCAGAUAUCAGGUGGAGAUCUUACACCACAAAAUGCAUGUGUGAGGUUUGGGGAUUCUCGUGCCGAGGUGCCAGAGAAAUAAGAGAGACUCACGUGAAAUUGGUCACAUUGUCAGUGUAUGCUCCUAAGAUCGUUAAAAGAGUGUCUGUGAAGUGGGUUAAGAAGCAAGUAACCGCGGAUUGCAUACUAAAGAACCUCUCUCUCUGGAAAAUGUACUGGAAUAAUGGGUGACUGUGGAAAGUGCUCAAUGUGAAGGGAAACAAGAAGAGAGCAAAAGGCCAAGGCAAAGUGUCUAGAGAAAACAGUUGACAACAGUGUUGACGAGGCGAGGGGUGAUAGAGAAAAUUAUGAAGUGCUGCUUCUUUGCACAUUUAAUAAUUGUCACAAUAAAUCUGUGUGUUGUGCAAAAGGCGACAUCCGAGGUCUUCACACUCGGCUACCUCACAGGAUCACAGCGAAGAACUGGAGAUCUCGAGUACACACGACCAGGACUCACAAUUUCUGGAGCAAUCUCACUGGCAGUAUCUGAGGUUAACGAGGGACUUCUUAAGGACUUGGGACAUCAACUUGAAUUCAUUGUGGCUGAAACUUACGGCGAAGAAGUGUCAAGUAUUCGUCAAACUGCUGCUCUGUGGACUAAACAGGUGGCUGGAUAUAUUGGACCGCAGGAGACAUGUGUUCAUGAAGGAAGGAUGGCAGCAGCUUUCAAUUUACCCAUGAUUUCCUAUUUUUGCACCCACCGUGAUACAUCCAACAAGAAGGAUUUUCCUACAUUUGCCCGCACUCGUCCUCCCGAUACACAAAUCUCCAAAUCUGUGCUCUCCCUUUUGCUGGCAUACAAUUGGACACGUGUGACAUUCUUGUACUUGGACUCCGAGGACAAUGAAUUCGGAGCUGUAGCAGAGACGAUUGUGUCAACACUGGAGGCGGCUGGUGUGGGAGUUUACAUGAAACUGACAUGGAACACGAUCUACCAUCAUGGAUACUCAAAGUCACCCUUUGAUGAUUUAGUGGAACUUUCUUUUACCGACACAAGAAUUUACCUGAUUCUGGGACACUACUAUGAGCAUUUAGGACUGUUACUGAGCUUGGAGAAGAGGGGUCUCCUUGAUCAGGGAGAAUACUUUGUCGUGGGCAUUGACAUUGAGCAGUAUGACACAUCAGAUCCCGAAAAAUACCUCAGGGGAUUGCUUCAGGAUGAGAAAGAUGUGAAGUCAGAGAAAGCUUUUAGGUCAUACAUGGCUAUAGUACCAUCAGCUCCCGUUGCAUUUAAUGACUUCGCCAUUAAGGUGAACAAAUUUAUGGAGCUUCCACCAUUCAAUUUUCCCAAUCCCCUUGGCCAUAUCGGAGGUGUAAAGCAGAUUCGAGCUGAAGCGGCUUAUUUGUACGAUGCCGUCCACUUGUACACGAAAGCCCUAAUUCGGGUGGUACGGAAUGGGGAGAAUCCACGCAAUGGUACAACAGUCAUCGAUGCCAUCAAGGGGAGCAACUAUUUAAGUGCGAUGGGGUAUCUGGUGCAUAUGGAUGAAAAUGGAGAUGCAGCAGGGAACUACACAGUGCUCGCAUUGAGCAGAAAUAAGAGUGGAAAUCCCAAGGAUCCAGAUAAAACCAUCGUGGGACUGUAUCCACUUGGAACAUUUAGUAAAUUGGCAGGAGAUCGAGUUCCGGAUCUCCACCUAUUUAGGAGCAUGGAGUGGCUGUCCGGAAGACCCCCAAUAGCUGAGCCACAAUGUGGAUUCCGAGGUGAAAAAUGCAUAAGCUACACAGGUGAAAUUUCUGCUGGAAUUGCCGGAGUAGCUCUCCUACUGCUAGGAAUUGUCUCCCUGGUUCUCUAUAGGAAUUGGAAAUACGAACAGGAACUAGAUAGCCUGCUCUGGAAAGUGGAUUUCAAGGAGAUCCAAAUGCAUGAGAGUGACAAGGAGGGGAAUGGACAGAAACUGACAAGAGCCACCCAUCCAUUAAUUAGGACCAGUCAAGUAAGCCUGAGUUCGAAUCCCGAUGCUGAUUUUCGCUAUUCGACAAUCUUCACCCCAAUCGGUCUCUACAAGGGUCAACUGUAUGCCAUUAAGAAAGUCCAGAAGAAGUAUGUGGACAUUACCAGAGAAAUGAAGAAAGAGCUGAAGUUGAUCCGCGAUUUGCGUCAUGACAAUAUUUGCGCCUUUAUUGGUGCUUGUACUGAUCCUCCUAAUAUUUGCAUCAUCACUGAGUACUGCAACAGGGGCAGUCUUAAAGAUGUCCUGGAGAAUGAGGAUGUAAAGUUGGACAAUAUGUUUACAGCCUCAAUGGUUGCAGACAUCAUUCGGGGAAUGAUCUAUCUACAUGAGUCCCCAUUGAGAUACCACGGAUCUCUCUGCACAAGUAAUUGCUUGAUUGACUCCCGCUGGGUGGUCAAAAUCAGUGAUUUCGGCCUACAGGCUUUCAAACAGGGCUCUGAUGACUUUCCUGACCUCAGGAACAUGUCAUCCAAACACGAGAAACUUCUCUACAGAGCCCCUGAGCUAUUGCGAGCCGGAUCAGUGGGUGGAGUAUCUGGGACAUGCAAAGGAGAUGUUUACUCCUUCGGAAUUGUCCUUUAUGAAAUCCACACCCGUCAGGGACCUUAUGGGGAGGAAGGGAAACAAGUUCUAGAAUGUCUUCGAAAGAUUCUCAACCCUAUGGACCCAACUAAUCCCUACAGACCCUGCCUACAACCUCUCGAGUCGUCCUUUGAUUGUGUCAGGGAAUGUCUCGGGGAAUGCUGGGCUGAGCGUCCUGAAGACCGUCCGGACUUCAAGAUGAUUCGGGCUAAACUGAGGCCUCUGCGAAAGGGUAUGAGGCCCAAUAUCUUUGACAAUAUGAUGGCAAUGAUGGAGAAGUAUGCCAAUAAUCUAGAAGCCCUGGUCGAUGAAAGGACUGAUCAAUUGCAGGAAGAAAAGAAAAAGACUGAGGCACUUCUGUUGGAGAUGCUACCACGUCCAGUGGCUGAGCAACUCAAGAAGGGCAACAAAGUGGAGGCUGAGAGCUAUGACAUGGUUACAAUCUACUUUAGUGACAUCGUAGGCUUUACAGCGAUGUCAGCAGAAAGUACACCACUCCAGGUUGUGGACUUUCUCAAUGAUCUCUACACCUGCUUCGAUUCCAUCAUUGGCCACUACGAUGUGUACAAAGUGGAGACAAUUGGAGAUGCCUACAUGGUGGUAUCUGGGUUACCGAUCCGCAAUGGGAUCUUGCAUGCUGCAGAAAUAGCUUCUAUGUCACUCCAUCUCCUGGACGCAGUGUCAGAAUUCAAAAUCCGUCAUCGGCCAAAAGAAUCCCUGCUGCUAAGGAUAGGGAUUCACUCAGGACCUGUCUGUGCUGGUGUCGUAGGGCUCAAGAUGCCCCGGUACUGCCUUUUUGGCGACACCGUAAACACAGCCUCCCGGAUGGAGAGCACAGGUAUGCCUCUGAAGAUUCACAUUUCAGGGCAGUGCAAGCAACUUCUUGAUCGUUUGGGUGGCUAUAAUUUCCAAGAACGUGGAGUAAUCUCCAUCAAGGGUAAGGGGGAACAGAGAACUUACUGGCUGGUUGGGGAGAACCCCGAAGCAAGGCUCAAAAGGAACAAAGAACGCAGCGAAAGACGAGGAUCGAAAGGACAGAACAAGCUCAAGACGCAGAAUUCCUUCAAGCUCUUCGAUCCAAUUCUGACUGCCGGAUUGCCCAGGAGUAGCCUGAAGAACAGAGGGAUGCAACAGAGACCAUCACUGCCGAGAUCAUCGAGCCUUGAGUCACCAAAGAAACUUAGAUUUGCCAGCAACAAUCUCUUAGAACACUACAGUUACCAAAGAUAUAGCGACGAUGCCCUCCUAGAGGUCACAAUAUCAGAUUCCAGUCCUAGAAAAUCCACAAAUGGCUCAAGUGACGAUUUCGCCUCAUCCUGUCCCUGCAUCGAGAACCUGUGUUCCCUGGAGGAGAGGCAGGAACUGAAGGAUAUCUCGACACCGCCAUGCUUCAGCCCUACCGUCAUCACACCCCUUCUAUCCAAUAACAUUCACAACAUCGGCAUCUAAGCCCCCCAAUCCUUCAGCUUCCUGCACCAGGAAGUCUCCCUGUACUUAACCGAACUCAAAGGAAUUCCUGGCUCUCCCACCCUUCCCUGAGAAAUUGAUCGGAUUUAACUAUCUCUAGUCGUGAAGAUGUAAUCUCAAUCCAGCGAUUUCCAUUCCCAAUCAAUGGAGAUUGCUGAUUGAGAUUAAAGGCUCGUGUAUUUUUUGUCAUUCGUAUUAUUUUACAAAAAGUUUUUGAGAUGAUUGAGAUGAAGUGAGUUUAGGACAAUGUUUAGCUCUUAAAUAAAAAUUAGUAAAUGUUCUUGGUGAA